AUGUCCCGCGAAGUCUUUCGUGUUCGUCUCGUGGAGUUGAUCGAAUCUGAGCAUAGUCUAUGGGAUGCGACCUGUGAUGAGUAUCAUCACUUAGGUAGGAAGUCAGCUGCGUGGGAAAGAAUAUUGCAUAUUCUUCAUGAUGAAGGCCACAAUACUACUUUGACGGAAGCGCAAGCCGCCUGGAAGAGUAUUAAAGACGGGAGGAGGAAAAGGAAGAGGCAAGAAUCUGCAACUGGUUCAGCAGCAUUGAAGAAGUAUAAAUGGGAGGAGAUGUUAACGUUCUUGGAUAAGAACGAUUUCGAUAGUACCACAGUUUCGAAUAUUGAUGAAAACGGAAACUUUUGCUAUACCGAGCAGCAACCAAUCAAUAAGCCAGAGCAAGAGGAAAGUCCAAAGUGGAUUGCAAAGGAAGAAAAGGGUAGGAAGUCAAAGCAGGAAGAGGCUCUUGUCAUGAUAAAAGACGCGGCAGCAGCAGUUAAAGCGCGAGUCGAGCGAAGAGAAGUCCCUAUAGUAAACGAUAGCGGUGAUGAUAGAAAAGAUAGCAAAUACUGGUAUUUUGGAAAUUUUAUAUCAAAGAAACUAGAGGAGAUCGAUCCACGGUUGGCGGAUCAAAAAAUGUAUCAAAUAACGAUGAUCCUCUUCAAUGAUAACGUGGCCGUGUGUGAAGUAGUAAAUGAUGCUGUACAAACUUUGGAAGGAACGACCAUAACAAUGCUGCAUCCAGCACCGCAGGGUUAA